AUGGCCGCUUUGUUUCAUCGGUUUCGUCAUCCAGAAGGGUUAAAAGAGCUUCUAGCUGUUGCCAAUGCAGCAUCGAAACAGAAAAUUGUUAUUGAUUACUCUAGUCCAAAUAUAGCUAAGCAGUUUCACAUUGGUAACCUGAGAUCAACAAUACUUGGCAAUUAUAUCCGUAACAUUAAUAAUUCUCUGGGAAACACAGCUAUCGGCGUCAAUUACCUAGGUGAUUGGGGUGUCCAAUUUGCGAUGAUUGCCUCCUACUGGCCUGAGGUGAAGCCAUCCGAAGGAUUUUGGAAUCAGUCUAGCGACGUGGAUAAAAUCAAAAUGCUAACAGGUUGCUAUGUUGUAGCUAAUAAUAAAGCUAAGCUGGAAGAAGAUUUCCGUAUGAAAGUCAGAGAAGUCUAUCAAGAUAUGGAAAAACAGAUAAUGAAUUCUGAAACUGACUCUCCUAUUCUGCAACUUUGGCGUGAUGUUGGAGACAUUUCUCGUAAACAUCUUAUGGAGUUCUACAAAUUACUACACCUGGAAUUUGACAGUUGGCUCUGUGAAUCUGCAUACAUUAAAAAAUCGAGUGUAUUAGUUGAUAAGCUGAUCAGUGAUGGCAUCGCCAGGAAGACUGAUGAUGGACUUUGGGUUAUCGAUUACGAUGGCCAAAAAUAUAAAACUGACAACAAGUAUGCGAUUAUUCGAAAAAGCGAUGAAACAACUUUAUAUUUAUCAAGGGAAAUCGCUGCUAUUAUGGCCAGGGACGAAAUGUAUAAUGCCGACAAAUAUUUGUAUGUAGUUGAUCGAGCCCAGAGAACUCAUUUUAUAGCUUUAAAAGCUGUUUUGGAAAGGAUGGGUUGUCAUGAAUUAGCAGAGAAAGUGGUUCAUGUUCCAUACGGACGAGUAAAAGGACUCUCUACUAGGUUGGGAAAAACAGAAGCUGUUUUCGAUAUAAUCCAAAAGGGCUCAGAGCUAGCACUCGAUUUCAUAAAUGAAUCGAAAACUAUUAAAGUCAACGAUGAAGCUGAGAAAGAAAAGACUGCUCAGGAAUUAGCCAUUUCAACUAUCCUCUUCAAUGAUCUCAAAAGAGCCAAAAGCUCAGAAUACCAAUUUUCUUUCCAAAACGCAUUUACUUUGAAUCAAACCAAUGCAUUGCUUUUACAAAUGAAACACAGUAGACUUCAUUCUAUUGAAGAACGGAACAAGCAUUUAUUACCUUUGUUAGAGAGCUGUCAAACCUUACCUGAAGGAGGAAACGAGGUGCAAGCUCUGGUAGAGCUCUUAACGAAAUUUGAACAGGUAUUAACGGAAAGUAAUGACAAGUUAGAGCCUUGUCAUUUGGCUGUCUACCUGAUUCAGUUAUCAAACGCUAUUGGAACCUGUAUGAAUCAAUUACCUGUGAAAGAUCAGCCCACAGAGAUCGCCGUACCUCGAUUAUUCUUGUUCUCAACAGCUCGAGCUGUAUUAGGAGAAGGCAUGAAGUUGCUAGGCAUAGAGCCAGUGGAUAAGAUGUGA